AAAUCAUGUCCCAGUGAAACUAGCCGUUACAAAAAAAAACGAGUAUCCUUCAAUUCAACUAUAACACUCUGAAAUUUUAUCUCUUUUCUCAAAAAUUUCUCAAAUCCCUUUCUUUUUCAUCUUUCAUCAAUCAUCAUCGCCGCCAAUUCAAUAGCCACCGUUUUCUCCGGCGAACAUGUCUUCCAUCAUCGCCGGAACAACCACACCGCGUGCUUGCAGAUCAUCCAGAAUUCAACAAACACCCAAACACACUGAGAAUGUAAACCCUAAUACUCCUCCUCCUUCUUGUUCCGCCAAAAAAUCACAGAAACCUAAAAACCCUAAUCCGAACCCUAACCCUAAUUCUCCUCAAACCAAAAUCCGGCGAAGGAAAUUCGUCGUUGUGGGGAAGAAGAAACAGAAGGAAGAUGUGAAGGAAGGGGGUGAUGAUGGUGAUUCGGGUGUUUUGAAUUGUAAUUGUAAAGAGAAGAAUAGGAAAUGUGUUUGUGUAGCUUAUCGGAAUCUGAGAAAGAGUCAAGAAGAGUUUUUUAAGAAUAGGGUUGAUGAAGAUGAAGAAGAAGAAGAGCAUGAAGAAGAAAUUCCUGAAAUUGAUAAUGUAGUUGUUGAAAAACAAAAAGAGGGUGAUGUGGGUUUGGGUUUGAUUGUGAAGAGAAGUAGAGAGAGAUUGAGGGAAGAGGUGAGAGAGAGUGUAACACAAAUUGGGUCAGGGAAGGUUCAGAAUUUGGUUAAGGCUUUUGAGAAGCUUUUGUUUGAACCUAAGAAUGAGGAUGAAGAUGGAAAAGAGGAGAAGGAAGUUAGAGAGAAUGAUGAUGUUUCUGGUUCGUCGUUUUGUGCUUCGGAUUUGAUUUUGACGUCUCAGAAUCUUGGGUUGGAUCCGCGUGCUUCUGUUUCUUCUUCUUGGGAUGGAUCUCGUGGAAGCUUGACAUCUAAAGGGGGCAGAAGUAGCAGGAGAAAUAGCUUAGAAUCAACAACCACCACUCUUGGGGGAAGGAGAAGGUUGAGAAAGAAGCAGCCAAAAGUCACCCGGCCAGAACCCUUCAAGCUUAGAACUGAUCAAAGAGGCAAGGUUAAAGAGGAGGUAUUUGAACAAAAGGUACAACAGAUGAAGACGGAAGAAGAGAAACAAAGGAUUCCUGUUGCACAAGGUCUUCCUUGGACAACAGAUGAACCUGAGUGUUUGGCAAAACCUCCGGUCAAAGAAAUUACGAUACCUGUUGACUUGAAGCUUCAUACUGAUGUGCGAGCAUUGGAUCGCGCUGGGUUUGAUGAACAGAUUGCAGAAAAAUUACUCUUCAUAGAGCAAUAUAAAUUGGAAAAGGAGAGACAGCAGAAGUUGGCAGAAGAAGAAGAAAUCAAAAGAUUGCGGAAGGAACUUGUUCCAAAAGCACAACCUAUGCCAUAUUUCGACAGACCCUUUAUCCCAAGAAGGUCAAUGAAGUGUCCUACACUACCCAAAACCCCCAAGUUUCAUAAGAAGGUCAAGUGCAGCAGCAGUAGCUCAUCAUUAUAUAGUGAUAUGAACCAAUACUCUUCCUGCCUCAACUAAGCUUCCCCAGAUACAUUUUGUUGUUAAUUCUGUAGUCAAUAAUGUUCUUUUCAUUCCCUUCUCUGAAUAGUGUUGAAUUUGUCUACAUAGCAACCAAUUUAGUUGCACAGGCUUUGGUCUUUUUGUGUACAGUGUUUAAAAAUAUCGGCCCGCCGAGAAUCCUCAAUUCAUUUGACUUAUCAAUAAAAUGUUGUGUUACUGCUGGAGUUAAAUUGUUUAUAUGUAUCCAUUUAAAAGGA